AUGAUCAUGGAUUGGAUAAAGUUAAAGAAGAAUCAGAUGCGGAAUAUUGGGUUAUUAUUAUUUGAAAAUGCCAUUGAAAACCAGAGAAAGAGGAGCAAUUGGAAAAAAGAAGCAAUUCAUAUGAAGAUGGCUUGGUAUAACUUGAGAGUUUGGUAUACAUGCGAUCUUCCACCUUCAUCGUUUGGAGCACAUGUCCAUGCAACUAUUGUUUGUACAUCAUCAGUACCCAGUCCACCAACUCAAGGAACAUAUGUUGCUGCACAUGGGAUUUACAUUUCUUAGAUCAUCCAUCUAAAGCAAAAAAUUUGUUGGCAGCUAGAGGUCUGUAACAUGAAAGGAACCCUCAAACAUUGAGUUUUAUGAGUGGUAAAUUUGGCAAGUGGUAAUUAAGAACAAAAUGAAUAGGUAUCCAAAUUUAUUUCGGUUUUCAAACUAUGAGUAAAAAAUGUGCAAGUUCAACUGUUUGAAGACAUAGUUUUCUUCUUCUGAUUUGUUGAAAUCCUCCUCUUAACAUGGUGUUAUUCUUUUUUUCUUAUGUAGUUUUGUAGGUG